CCUAACUAGUCCUUGCUAGUUUUCCCCCGCUGGUGUCGAGCCUGGCUAGGGGAGAGAAACCGUGGGAGAAGGCAGGGUACGUAGGAUUAAACCAACUUUAAGGUCGAUAAACAUCUAGAAGCGUGGAAGAAAGAAACUGACAAGGUAUCACCAGGAACUUGACAACACCUCUUCUCUCCCCUGGCUCCCCAGUGUGCAAGGACACCACCUGCUACAUCAUAUCUCAAAAUCACUCAGUGCCUCUCUGCUUAAUUGGUCCUAACCUUCCCUUUCAUCUUCAUCAGUGCAAAAACUAUCCACACACCAGCAAGAGAGUAACUGAAGUUUUCAGCUGUUUGAGCAAAGUCAGACCAAAGCCAGUAUUUCAUUAAGUUUGGUGCCCUCAAAUCCUCAGAGCUCUUCAUCACUCCUCAGUGUUACUCAGUUUUCUCAUCAAAUCAGUCCAUUAAAGAAAUCUUUAAACAGCAUUUAGCACCAUUAUGGCCUCCAUCACCCAGUCAUCCGAGCCUGAAAUCCCAGACAACCACAAAGAGAGCUGGCUGGCUCUUCUUUCUGCUGCAGAAGCAUAUUGCCAAAAGUCUGGCUGCGACCUGGCCAUACUCACAGCCUGUAAGAAGUUCCGGUCGGCGACUGGAGAAGGAGAAGUGGGGAGGAAGCGGGAGAGCAGCAACGCCUUUCCGAGGGAGUGUGAUUUCUCUUAUAACGUAUGGGGUCAGGGAUUUUUGGCUGAAUCGGCACGCCGCUACAUGGAUGACAUUGGUGUCCUGCACUCCACAACCAUGCUAACAGCCCAAAAGCACACACGCCAAGCUGGAGGAGAGGGAGGAACCAAGCUGGUGGUUGACUUGACCUCUGACCCUGGAAACAGGGGGAGCUUAACAAGUGAUGGCGGAGUGGGUGGAGUCAGUCCUAAUGGACGACUGUACUCCCAAAGCUACCCGUCGAUCUACAGCUCAGGAGCCGUUACCGGGCAGGGCGGCGGGCAGAACGGUACCGGAGAGAGGGAGCGUGAGAUGAGCAUGCUGGAGACUGAGAGAAGUCGACAGAGGUCUGGGAUUGAGGAUUUAGAAGAAGAGGGUGAGGAUGAGGAAGAGGAGGAGGAUAUGGAUGAGAGAAGACCCUAUGGGAAUGAAAGUGCUGGUGUUUUCUCUAUGGAUGAGGACUCUCUUUCUCGGGACUGUGAGCCUUUCUUUGAGUCUGAUGGAGAGGAAGAGAGCACUGAUGGCUCCUUGAGUGAGGACGCCCCUCCGCCAUCGCGCAGCAUGGCUGUGGGUCAGGGUGCAUAUUCAUCCCGUCAGUCGCACCCCAUGGCAUUGGCCCGCUCCCUUCCUGUAUCUGUGCCUGUGUGGGGCUGCAGAGGAAGCAGAGCUGCUCAGGGAGACAGUAACAGUGGAGAACGGUCGGGCUGCGCUGACCUGGAGCACAUUGCUGCCAGUAUGAAGGCCCUGCUGGCCCCCGGAGCCACCGAUGGGACGGAAAUGUUCGGGGCCCUGCCUCGACCUCGUCUCAACACAGGGGACUUCUCCCUCAAACACUGAGUGAAGCGGGAGAGAGAGGGUGUAGGGAGGGAAGGAAAGAGAGAGGGGCAAGUAGAGCGAGAGAGGGAAUCAGAAGAAGGAAAUGUGGGGGUGGGGGUGGGGGGGUGUGAGGACUGGAUUUUCUGGCAAAUGUGACGUACAGUAUGUGAAACAGUGUAAAAGCUAGUACCUCCAUUUAUUUCUCACUAACCAAAAUUAACGGCACAUGCUUUGAGGAGUAACCUUCCUAAAGAAAUGUGGUUAUGAACACUAAACAUUUCAACUAUACACUACCCCCUCUCACACACACAUACACACAUACAUACACACACACUCUCACCAUACUAGCUACUACACAUACCACAACACUACAUUAAGAUUGGACCUGCAGAUGUUUGUGUAGUGACCCGCUGCACUGAACUAAAAGUCACUAAAACAGGGCGUGUGAUGGUGUAACUGAUGUUUUUGGGAUCUUUGCCUUUUGGUCAGGUUACCUGUGAAGUGAUGAGACUUUGGGGACGAGCUGCCUGAACCCAGUUCAUCAUAGAUGCUGCUUCUUUGUGCUAAAGCUCCAGCAGACACUGCUUUGAGUGAUAUUAGCUUUAUUAUUAUGAUGAUAUUUUGAUUUCUUUAAAAGAAUGACACAAAUUGAUGCAGUUCUCGAGUCUGUUAAAUGUUAAGGUGUAAUCCAGAGACUGUUUUCUUAGUUUGGCUUAGUUUUGCACAAACAAAGGCUGAAAGCAAACCAGACACAAACUGGACUCACUUCAGAAAUACACCCAUCCACCUCACCAAAGCCAAAAAUGAACAUAUCAUUUCUCCAUAGCUCCCUCUGCUGGUAAAGACGUGUUACUUCUUCACCAACAGAGGGAGCGUGGCCUGUAACCAGUCUAUCCCUCCCUCCACUGCAGCAUCCAGCUGUGCAGCAUUUCUAGCUUUGUCAAUAAACCAGGAAAGACAGCUACGCUGGCAUUAGUUCCAGCUUAGAAGUGUUCAGGGGUGUUACUUUGACUGCUAGCAUUAUAGUGAAACCAUUUGAAUAAAGAGUUUGUUACUUUUGCAAAGUUAUACUUGGAACUGUGAAACUGUACCCUUACAUAUGGUGUAAAUUUUUAUAAAAAAGUACUGUAGUUCUUUUCCCAGUUUCAGCAUUGUUUGCAGCUUAAAACAGUUCCUGCCUCCAGUUUAGAGUCAGAGGAGGAAACCAGCACAGGUCUGAAUUAUUUGGCAUAAGGGUUGCAGUGGUGGUUGAACUUAGUCACUUUACUAUGCAUGCAAAACCCAGUCGGCUUCCUCUUUGAAUUGUUGCUUUUAUGUUAUGUUAGAUAAACAAAUUAGACACAUGUUAAUCAGUGAGCUUUAAAAGUGUUUUUUCCUACUUCAGAGAAAGCCAGGAUAGCCCCCCACCCCCGCUAUUUGCCCUCUGGGUCUAGGUUCAUACCUAAUACAGAGGCAUUCAUGCUUCAAAGAAGGGGAAUCAGGAGAAUUACAACUUUAUAGCAAAACAAUAUAUAACAUAUAUCUAACAUCCCCCCCAAAAUAGUCUAAGAUCUGCACAGUUUAAAUUUGUGGGUUUAAUUGCAGAAAGUGUUUGCAUCUGUUGGUCAUUAAUCACAAAGAGGUCAGACUCAGCUGCAGGGCCUCGCCGUCAUUUCGCUCAACAUGCUAAAGUCACCACAUUUUUUUUCCCUUUCCCUUCUGUAUACUCCCAUCAUUUACCUGGUAAGAUGACCAAGAGGCCUGCUGUUGCUCCCCAACUUCUAAGGGGUAGAAAGCAAUGGGUGAUUUAAUAUGAAGCUUGUGGCUUUAGAUGAUGUGAGCAGAGGACACCAGCACCUCCUCAUAACAUGCCUAUUUUUACUUUUACUUUUGCCAAUGAAUGACUGAUAGAACGAUUGUAAAUCAAUACUGAGUUUAAGGAGAUGGUAUUGUGUUUUUGUCUGUUUUUGUCUGUUUGUUUUUUGCUCCUGAUAUGUUGUUAAAAAGAUUGAAUGAAUGAGAAAAACACUGUGUGACAGGUGAAAGAAUGAGAGAGAGGUGGAGUGGAUCUGAAAAGAAAAAAAUGUCCAUCUUUGACAUUUUGAAAACAAACAGAUGUUCCGUUAACUAAGUUUAUGUUUCAAAUAAAGGAGCAGCACCAAGAGAAAA